UCGGUGACCAUGGCACCGCGCUCAUGUUUUUAGUGGUCACUCACGUUGACUCGACUCGAACUUUGUAUUCGUUUUCGUGGUUCUUGGAGGCAGUUUCAACCGCGGGGACUAUUCUCGACCAUGGACACGUCAGAGUCUGAUAAUAACAGGCUGGAUAACGCACGUGAUCUGUCAUUCGAUGCCUCGACAGAAGAUAAAUGUCAGGCGUCUGUCGUUGUCGUCUGUAAGAAUACUUCGACUGCAUCCGAAUGCGAGGUUGUCGCAGAUCAUCCGGCAGGACUUGACACUUCAGACUCCACCACGACAGCAGUCCUCGUCGCAGAAACGCCAUUUGGAACGGAGAACUGCGAAAAAUCACGAGAAAUUGGCGUUGUAGAAACGACAAACGAGCACAUCGAUGAGAACAACAUGGUUUCCUGCAGCAGCAAUCAAACGUUGAAAUAUUCAUAUGAAGAACACCUGCCUUCUGCUGAUUUUAAUUUGUUGACGAAUUGUAUCGACUAUGACUAUUACGACUAUGACAGUUACGACUUUAACAGUUUUGACCAUGAUUAUGCGGACAAAUAUAUGUCUAUAUUUUUUCCCAACAAUACGAUUCAAGAAGAAGAAGAGUAUGACGACUACUACAGUAACACUACAGUACAGAACACUACGGUAAAACCUUGGAUAAAUCUCUUACGCGGAGAGCCUCUUGGUGGUUUACCAUCUGAGGAAGCGUUUCUCGAUCAAUUUGAAAGGUCUGUGCAAGCGGCUCUCACGAUGAAAUUUGCCAAUUCGGCAACUUCCUCGAGUAACAUAAACGCGGGGGAUAAUAAUGAGAGGGCCGCGCGACAGUUUGUCGACGACUGUGCAGACUCGACUGGUACGAUUGAAAAAGAUACCAAAGAUGAAGAAACCAAGCUCGGGGAGAACGUUACAUCGCAAGUGGAUAAUAAUCUGACCGACAAGCUUCUUCGAGAAGAAGAAGAACUCGAUGUAGAGAACGUAGCCAAUCCAAUCGCAAAGUCCAGCGGUUGUCUAAUAAACAGCGACAGUGAGAGUAAUCUCAGAGAUGACGUCAAUCUUUCCAAGUGUACAGAAAAUACGAAGAAUAUACCGAGCGAUAGAAACAACGAAGAAACGCUUGUCACAGGAAAAGCGGUUGCGAAAAGAAUGAAUUAUAUACUCGAGAGUAACCCGUUAGCAAGCAACGACAAACGACACGCUGAAGAGCGAAUGCUGGAAGCCUUAUCUGAUACCAAGGAGAAGAAGAACGAUCAGGAUGUAAUUAGGAGGAGAGUCGCUGAAAGUUGCUCCGACGUAUCAUCCACGACGGAUCCUCCACAUCGCGCGAUCCACAAAGCAAGCUCGGAUGUGGAUCUCAAAAGAUCGAGCAGCCAAUACACGAUUGAGAGGUUUCAAGGAGACACCUUUUCGUCACAUCGUCGAGUUGUUUCCGAGACCGACAUUGCCAAAGAGGACUUAAUGAAAACUAUCGAGGAGGCGGAGAAGAUACUGACGGAUGAUCCAUACCGGGACGAUCCGUCGAAGACGAGCGUUGAUGAAGCAGCUGACGUUUCCGUCAAAGAUAAUUCGCCGAGACUUUCGGACGAGGUGAAGAGUGACGGAGAGCGUGAAAUAGUAAAUGAGACGAGAAAUAAUAAUUUCGACAAGGUUAUCGAAGAUACCACGGUGAAACUACCGGACGUGAAAAUCGAGCGAGUCGCUGCUUCUUCGGAGCCCGACGUCAUCCAGAGCAAUUUGCAAAGAUUGGCUGAAAUUACAUGUCCCGGUCGUCCCAAGUCGCUCAUCGAGAUUCAUGAAACUAUCGAGAAAAUAGCCGAGGAGAAGAGAAGAAUAGAGCACCGAAAGAAAGAGUCGCUGGAGGCACUGUCGAGGAAGUUCGACGAGAUCGAGAGACUCGUCGAACUUGAUUAUGACGAGAUUUCUCACGCGUCCGACAGCGAUCCGUACGAAAUUGAGAUUCCGGAUGUUGCCGACGAUGAUUCCGACAGUGUCGAGGAGCUUCAGGUUGAUCCCAAGGAUCUCGAGGUUCCUCUGACAAAGUCCGAGAUAACAAAAAAUUUGAAAAUUGAAGAGUUGGAGAAGCAGCUCGCGAGUGAAAUUGAGAAGCACAAGCGACUGAUGAAUGAAUAUCAGAGAAUUGUCUCUGUGAAUUUAGAGAUUGCCCAGGAAGCGACCCCGCGGCAGCACGAACCAACACGAGCUUGCGACGACGAAAAUGUCAAUGAAGAAACCCAUACUGAAUCAAAACGCGACAAAGAGGUAGCCGAGAAAAUUGAAGAUAAACUGUCGUCUGAAGUGACGGAUGAGACAACGCAGACGAAAGUCGAUCCAGCGGAAUCGGACGAUUCUCCGUCGGAGAAUUUUCACGAGGAACCGGUAAGGACCUACGUCAAGGGGAAGGUCUACGAUUUUGACGAGAAGAAUCACGGUGUUAGAAUGACGGAGGAGUUGAUCAAGAAGCACUGCAAGGAGCACAAACUCUAUCAGACUCCGUACCUGAACGAUGUCCUGUAUCUGCAUUACAAAGGCAUGUACUCGAUCUCGCGCGCGCGCGCGCAUCAACGACUGUUAGUCGUUAGACGAAGAGUUUUUUUCUUUGUCAGGUUUCUCCUUCAUCGAAAAUCUCGAAAAGUACACGGGUUUGAAGUGCCUCUGGCUGGAGAACAACGGCAUACGCGAGAUCGCCAAUUUGGAUAAUCAGAGGGAACUCAAAUGCCU